AUCACAGUCACAAGACAAACGGCAAAGACCGUUGUUAAUUCAACCAACACACCCACAACAUAUCUUGUUUUACCAAAACAUAAAUGCUCCCUCGCUUCUCUCCUCUCCUCCGCUCUCUCCCUUCCUCCACCAAUCCUAUGGCGCGUAUCCUUGCACCCUCCGCAAUUACCAUCGCUUUCUUUCACUCUUCUUCCACCAUUUCUCUCCUUCCUUACCCUGCCAAGCGUUUUCACAUCUCAUCUUUCUCCAAAUCCUCCAUUUUUAGACGGCAGUUUCACGCGCUUUGUGCCGGGAAAGAUGGGAAGCUAUUAAAACCAUCAAUUAGCGUCUUCGCUGAGAAGAGAGAGUACCGGAGAGUGAAGAGACGCGCCACCAAGAGUAAGGAAAAAGAGUUGGAGCUCAGUGUUUGCAUUUGCAUUGAAGAGGAGCUGCCUGAUGAUCCUGAAAUCUCGAAUAUAGCAGAAAUGCUUCGACUGAAUGCGCCGAUGUUGAUGAAGUCAGCCUUUGAUGGUUUGAAGGAUUCACAGUAUAAAACAAGAGACACUUCUAUAGAAGACUUAGGCGGUUUCGAAAGUAUUGAGUUGUCUAUACUCCUUUGCAAUGAUGAUUUUAUUCGUAAGCUUAACAAAGAAUGGAGGGAUGAGGACCAUGCUACUGAUGUCCUCUCCAUGUCACAACAUGUCCCUGAACUCAAACUUCCAGUUCUCAUGUUAGGUGACAUUGUAAUUUCAGUUGAAACGGCUGCAAGACAAGCGGAGGAAAGAGGGCAUUCACUUCUUGAUGAAAUACGCAUCCUAAUGGUUCAUGGGCUGUUACAUCUUUUGGGUUUUGAUCAUGAGAUUAGUGAGGAGGCUGAAGCAGAAAUGGAGAAGGAGGAGGAAUUUCUUUUGAAGAGUCUUGGGUGGAAGGGAAAAGGAUUAAUACAGAGUGCAUAUGAUUCUGAAACUAAUGUAAAUCUUCAUAUUGAGCAUUCGGAUGACAGGAGGAAAGAAAGAAGUCUCCGAUUCUAUAAACCAAAGUUCAGUUAUAUCUUCUGUGAUAUGGAUGGUACACUUUUGAACAGUAAAAGUCAAAUUUCAUUGACAAAUGCUAAAGCAUUGAAGGAGGCAUUGUCAAGGGGUUUAAAAGUGGUGAUAGCCACCGGAAAAGCUCGUCCAGCUGUGAUAAAUGCUUUGAAGAAGGUUGAUUUAGCUGGCAGAGAUGGCGUUAUUUCGGAGUUCUCUCCGGGGGUUUUCUUACAGGGAUUGCUUGUUUAUGGUAGACAGGGUCGGGAAAUUUUCAGAAGAAAUUUAGAUCCAGAUGUCUGCAGAGAGGCAUGUCAAUACUCUUGGGAGCAUAAGAUUCCUGUUAUUGCAUUCAGUGAGGGCCGUUGCUUAACACUAUUUGAUCAUCCACUCGUUGACGCACUGCAUACCAUAUAUCAUGAGGCUAAGGCAGAGGUCAUGCCUUCCAUUGAGCAUCUCUUGGCUGCUGCUGAUAUACAGAAGGUCAUCCUUUUAGACACUGCUGAGGGAGUAUCUACUACCAUAAGGCCGUACUGGUCAGAAGCAACAAGGGGGCGUGCCAAUGUUGUUCAAGCUGUUCCAGACAUGCUUGAAAUUGUCCCCGCUGGGACCUCAAAGGGAAGUGGGGUAAGGAUGCUGCUUGAUCAUUUGGGCAUCUCUGCAAAGGAGAUAAUGGCAAUUGGUGAUGGUGAGAAUGAUACUGAGAUGCUUGAAUUGGCUUCACUGGGUGUUGCUCUCAGUAAUGGAUCUGAGAAGACCAAAGCAGUUGCUAAUGUGAUUGGUGUUAGCAACGAUGAAGAUGGUGUAGCCGAUGCCAUUUAUCGGUACGCCUUCUGAGGUUGGAGAAGGACCUAUUUAUACAAUGCGUAAUGCAACCCACAAAAUCUGACUCAGUCAUGCUAUCAAUGAUUAGAUGACCAAGUUAUUAGAUUUUAUAGGUUCAUUUGUGGUUCUAAUUUUCAGAAUGACACUACAUAUUCCAAAUGCCGAUUAUUAUUUUUUUUUUUUUCCAAACGGAAGAAAAAUUACAGAAGAUUAUUCUUUUGGCAAAAAUACAAUACCUCAUUAGUGUGAUA